AUGAAGUACAUCGUCGUGAGUGGUGGUGUCAUCUCCGGCAUCGGUAAGGGUGUGAUUGCCUCGUCGACAGGCCUGCUUCUUCGUACGCUAGGCCUGCGUGUGACAGCGAUCAAGAUCGACCCUUACAUGAACAUUGAUGCUGGUACGAUGGCGCCGACGGAGCAUGGUGAGGUCUUCGUCCUCAACGAUGGUGGUGAAGUGGAUUUGGAUCUCGGUAACUACGAGCGCUAUCUCAAUGUGACGCUUACUCGUGACAACAACAUCACGACGGGCAAGAUUUACCGUGAAGUGAUUGAGAAAGAACGACGUGGUGAUUACCUUGGCAAGACCGUCCAGAUUGUGCCGCAUCUGACGGAUGCGAUCCAGGACUGGAUUGAGCGUGUGGCAGCACUUCCGGUCGACGAGAGCGGUGAGAAGCCGGAUGUGUGUAUCGUCGAGCUCGGUGGUACAGUCGGUGAUAUUGAGUCUGCGCCAUUUGUCGAGGCGCUGCGUCAAUUCCAGUUCCGCGUGGGCCACGAGAACUUUGCGUUGAUUCACGUCUCGCUGAUUCCUGUAAUUGGUGGUGAGCAGAAGACCAAGCCGACACAGGCAGCGAUCCGUGAUUUGCGUGGCCUGGGUCUUGUGCCAGACAUGAUUGCGGCACGUUGCGCUGCGCCCUUGGAACGUGGUGUGAUUCACAAGCUGUCGCUCUUCUGCCACGUCGGCCCUGACCAAGUACUGGGUGUGCAUGACGUGAACUCUACGUACCAUGUCCCUCUACUCCUCGAGUCACAGGGUAUGAUCCGCUUCUUUGAGCGCCGUCUGCAACUGGAUCUGAAGAGGGAUGUGCCGCCGGACCGCGUGGCGCAAGGUGCUGAGCUGCGCUCGCGCUGGAAGGAGCUCACUGUGGGCCAUGAGCGUGCAUUUGAGACGGUGGAAAUCGUGUUGGUGGGCAAGUACACGUCACUGCAAGACUCGUACAUGUCCGUGGUCAAAGCGUUGGAGCACGCGUCAAUGCGUUGCCGUCGCAAAUUGAUUUUGCAUUGGGUCGAGUCAGGCGACUUGGAGCCUCGGACAGAGACUGAACACCCUGUUAAGUACCACCAAGCCUGGCAGCUCUUGUGCUCUGCGCAAGGUAUCAUUGUCCCUGGUGGAUUUGGUACGCGUGGUACAGAGGGUAUGGUGCAUGCCAUCCGCUGGGCGCGUGAGAAGAAGGUGCCGUUCCUGGGUAUCUGUCUGGGCUUCCAGUUGGCCGUGGUCGAGUUUGCUCGCCACGUGUGUGGCCGCACGAAGGCGGCAAGUGCUGAGUUGGAUGAGACCACGACAGACCCUGUAAUUGUGUACAUGCCUGAAAUCAGCCGUACGCACCUCGGUGGUACGAUGCGUCUGGGUCUUCGCCCUACGAUCUUCUCGGAUGAUAGUGCAUCAUGGAGUAAGAUCCGUAAGCUCUACGGUGGGAAUGCAACGGUGUGGGAGCGUCACCGCCAACGUUACGAAGUCAACCCUGAAGUGGCGGGUGAAAUCGAAGCAGGCUCUACGAAGGAAUUUUCCUUCCACUUCAUCGGUAAGAACGAAAAGGGCAACCGAAUGCAGAUUGCCGAGAUGAAGGACCAUCCGUUCUUUGUGGGUAUGCAGGCGCAUCCGGAGUUGGCAUCGCGUCCGCUGAACCCUUCGCCGCCCUUCCUGGGUCUUGUCGCAGCGGCGGCCGGGGUGCUAGACGAGCAGCUGGAACGCCAGUUGAAAGAAUUCAAGCCCCCUCACCCUGAAUCGGUAAUGGUCUUGGAGUCUGCGCGCGAGGCCCAGGAGAGCACUGAGACAUCCGCCACGGCGGCUGCAUAG